GCCCGCCACCGCGUCCGCCAUCCACGAGAUGAGGAGGCUGCUCGCUCUGCCGCACAUCAAGGCCCUACUACAGGCGCACGAUGUGGUCGCCCGCGAGGUGUACGGCGAGGAGUCGCUGCGAGCGUCCCCCCCGCCCGUCAACGGACGCACCACCGCCCCCCCUCCCGAAGAUGAUGACGACACCGAGCCCGAGUUCGAGAACGUGACCAGGGUGCGCCUCGUGCAGUUCCAGAAGAACACUGACGAGCCGAUGGGCAUCACCCUCAAGCUCGCGGACGACGGCCGGUGCAUCGUGGCCCGAAUCAUGCAUGGGGGCAUGAUACACCGGCAAGCCACGCUCCACGUCGGUGACGAGAUCAGGGAGAUCAACGGGACACCAGUCGCCAACCAGUCGGUCGCACAGUUGCAGCGUAUGCUGCGUGAGGCUCGAGGUUCGGUGACGUUCAAGAUCGUCCCGUCCUACCGGUCUGCUCCACCACCGUGUGAGCUUUUCCGGAUUAAGCCUUCGCCCGUGCUAAUCUUUGUGAGAGCGCAGUUUGAUUAUGAUCCUCUGGAAGAUGAGCUGAUACCGUGUGCCCAAGCUGGUAUCGCCUUUAACACCGGCGACAUCCUCCAGAUCAUAAGCAAAGAUGACUCUCACUGGUGGCAAGCGAGGAAAGACGCAUCGGGCGGCUCCGCGGGCCUAAUCCCCAGCCCGGAACUACAGGAAUGGCGCGCGGCUUGCGCUGCCGCCGAAAGAUCUACCACCGAUCAAGUCAACUGUUCCAUAUUCGGGCGCAAGAAGAAGCAGCCCAAGGACAAGUAUUUGGCCAAGCACAAUGCGGUCUUCGACCAACUGGACGUCGUCACUUACGAAGAAGUUGUCAAGCUACCAUCUUUCCAACGCAAGACAAUAGUGCUCCUCGGCGCUCACGGCGUCGGCCGGCGUCACAUCAAGAACACACUCAUCGCGCGUCAUCCAGACCAGUACGCGUAUCCUAUACCACAUACGACGAGACCACCCAGGCCUGACGAGGAGAACGGGAGACACUACUACUUCGUGACCCACGAUGAAAUGAUGACCGAUAUUGCUGCAAACGAAUAUUUGGAAUAUGGAACGCACGAGGACGCGAUGUACGGCACGAAACUGGAGACCAUCCGGCGUAUCCACUCGGAGCGACGCAUCGCCAUCUUGGAUGUCGAGCCGCAAGCGCUGAAGAUCCUGCGCACAGCCGAGUUCGCGCCAUACGUCGUGUUCAUCGCUGCACCACCGUUGAACAACGUCGCCGAUUACGACGGCUCGCUUGAAGUGCUGGUUCGUGAGUCGGAGCAGCUCCGGCGGACUUACGGCCAUUACUUCGACCUGAACAUCGUGAACAACGACAUCGACGACACCCUCGGACAACUAGAAUCUGCCCUGGCUAGACUCCGCUCGAACCCGCAAUGGGUGCCCGUUUCUUGGGUUUACUGAGCAACCCCGGACUUGACAGACUGCUGUUUGGCCGGAAUCCGCGGAGAGUAUCGAGUGUAGUUAGCAAACAUUUCUAUCCAACGCCUAGGGCUGUUAUUCAGCUUCUAUUAAUAUUACACACAGUCUAUCAUCGAUGUUGGGUAAUUCGCGGAGGUUCGAGGGCUCAUUCCUGCGCAAAUUUUAAGCAGCUAAUUUGAGAAAGAAUUUGAUAGAAUUUGCUGGUGCGUUUCGACAAAAUUUUAAUAGAGCGCGCGGCCAUUUAAGCUCUUUUGGAAUUUUGACUUGAAACCUUCAAGCAUUUGUUUCAGAUUCAUGCUCAAUGUAGCACAGCUCCCGACUUGUGAAGUAAAUUAAUAGUGACUGUUUCAGCCUCUGAUGACGUUUUUAUAGAAUGUUAGUAACUACUAUCAAUACGCCGCUCAUUUCGGAGCUAAACGCAGUCAGUAUGAUGUUAGUGAUUUACUUCAUUAACAUCGUACACCUUCUCAAUUUUACUUUUACGAUGUACAGGCAAGAAAGUUCGAGAAAUGUGGGUUCUUGGAUCUUCACGCUCACAUCGUGGGUGAUUCUGGCCAUCAUUUGUUUUAUUUAAAAAAGUAUUAGGACUUGCAUGCCCUGCACUGAUCUCAGUCUUUACGACGUAUUUAAUCGCGGAUCAUGUGAAUGUACAUUGGGUUUAUUGCUUCUCAAUUUGCAUUCAUCUGAUUUUGCAUGAAAUUAUUUAAUUUGAUUCUCUUAAUUUAAACCGGUAGUUUUUUGAGCCGGCAACAUUUAGUUUUGGAAGACCUUUGGUGUUGCCGACUUCAAUGACUUCCCAUCUUAAAUUAAUUAAUUUUCUAUAAUUUGAGGUGUCCGUUUUGUUAGAUUUGACUUUGAAUUUUUGUUACUGAUUGUUUCUCUUGCGUUCACACUCGGACCUUAGUUCUAGCAAGUAAUGUGAUAUUGUCCUCUAAGUGUCACAUUACUGACCGGAAUAUAUUCCGGGUUUAAUUUUUUAUUUAAAACAUUAAAGCUUUUUUUUCACGAUGGAUUACAGAUUGAGACGAUGUGCAGCGCAAUGUAUGGUCUGAGGCUAUUAUAAUUUAAUAUUAUCUUUCAUUAUUUGGCCAACCAAAAUGACGACGAACUACUACUUAUAUCUUGGAAAAACCUGUAAUUAAGUUCCUAAUUUUCACAAAAAUAGGGUUUUAAUACUUCCCCACACAGUAAUUAAACCUUAUUUUUCAGAAUCUAGCUUUAAGAUAUUUAAGAUUGGCCCGAUGUUCCGAACGAGCUCCGUGACAUUAAGUCCCGAUCUAAAUUAUGGUUUUUGGUUU